UUAAAAGCAUCUCCUUGACGGUUGAACGGAGAGACAACAGAAGUGAAAAUUGAGGAUAAACGUAGGAAGACUGGAAGAUGAAAUUUUGUUGAAGUGUUUUGGUGCUGCAUGCAGUGUCGACCAUGAAGCACCUCGCCAGCCCAGUCACAGUUCCCCUCACCACUAACGCCAUCACCGUCAUGAACCAACACAUCUACCACAAUCGUGUGUUUUCAUCACCACCACCACCACCACCCACUAACACCACCACAACAACGAAAGCCAAAACAAAUUAACACCACAGAAAUACAGCAGUCACCACCACCACCACCUCAACUACCAACACCAGAUUCUGUCACCAUCACUAGUGCAUUCCCCUUACCAUCACCACCACAAUCACCAUCUGAUGACCUUAGGCGUCACACAACCACCACCACUGCUACCCGCCACCACCACCAUCACAGCACCACAGCUUCACGUUCCCAGCACCACAGCACCACAGCUUCACGUCCCCACCACCACUGGAAAUCUUGGGCAAAAUAGCUUCUUUUGUCUAUCCCGUACCAAGGCUUUCAAAUGCAGCCAGCCAUCCUCACGCAAAACACAAACCUGACCCAAGUCCUCCCCCAACUGAACCCUCAUGUCCGGGUGGUGGGGUCGGCGGAGGCAGUGCGUGCAGCCAGCUCCUUGGUGCGGCAGGAGCUGGACCCGCCCAACAAGGUGACCAUGAAGAUGGACGUGCCCUGGACACACCACUCACACAUCAUUGGCAAGGGAGGCAACACCAUACAGCCUGUGGUGAAGAAAACAGGUGUCAGCAUCCACUUCCCCGACGGCAACAAGAGUAACGAGGUGAAGAAAAGCAACCAGGUGUCCAUUAACAGCCGUGGGGAGGACCUGCACGGAUUGGAGGAGGCACGGCAGGCCAUACGUAACCUCACUCCUCUUAUCUUCACCUUCACCCUGUCCUCCAGUGUGCAGUUUGUCAGUGUGGUGGACGCCAACAUGCUGGUCCUUCACGUGCAGAAUGCUUAUAAUGUGCAGGUUGAGCUGCGGGCAACGGAGGACCUGACACUGGUAGGGACAGUGCGUGGCAGCGAGUGGGAUGCUCCAAGAGUGAAGGAGGCCACAAACUGCAUCCUUCAGGCCUACUGCAACACCCUGUCUGCACAGGUUCCAAUCCAGAUGGCUGUGGAGGUGUCCCCACAGCACCACUCCUUCAUCCUGGGACGCAACAAUGACAACAUCAAGCGCAUCAUGCAUCGCACCUCCACCAAGAUAAGUUUCCCUGACUGGAAUGACCCGACCCUCUCUCCUCUCAAGAAGUCGACUGUCACUAUAUCAGGAGCCUUGGAGAAUGUGUACCUGGCAAGACAGAACAUUAUAGGGUCCCUCCCGCUGGUGCUGAUGUUUGACUUGCUGCCGGGGAGCACAAUGGAGAUGCCGGAGGUGGCGCAGAUGAUGCAGGUCCUUGAUGUGCAGAUUGUCAUGAAGUCGUGUCGCAUGGAUGGCAGGCGGCCAGUGGUGGUGAAGGGAGCCGAGAGGAAUGCUGACAACGUGUAUGAGGCGUGGCGAAUGCUGUGCAAGGUUGGAGUGUCGGCCCCCAAGGCGCGCAUCCCCACAUCCUACCACAUCCCAGAAGCCUCGUCCUCUUUCCACGCCAUGAACUCGACCAACCUGUACUCUGGCUCUGUCUUCCGUAAUGGCUACAACAACAACAACAUUAACAACAUCCUCAACAACAACAAGAACAACACAAAGAACAUGCUUGGUGGAGGCAGCAUGAGGAACAGUGGCUACCUCAGGAAUGACAACUGCAUCUUGCCCAAGGACCCAACCAGUGGCAGCGGUGGCGGCGGCGGCGGUGGUGGCAUCAACCUGGACUCCCUCGUCAAGAGCAUGAAGGGCAUAGAAGUGACCAAUGGGGACCUGUCGUGUGGCAGCAGCAGCAACAGUGGCAGCACCCUGUCUUCCCCCGCACACUCCCCACGCGACGCCUCCCCUGACCAGGUGCUCGGCUCAUCGUCCUCCACCACUGCCUCCCCUCACUUCCCAGACACUUCCCCUCAGCCACCCUCAGGCAUUGAUGCUCUUUCUGCCCUGCUGAAGGACUUGGACAGGAGGGCGCCGGGCUGCGAGAAGAAGCACAUGGAGAGAGUGGCGGCUCAGAAGAUGACAACACUCUCUGACUACAGCUCCAAGAAGGUGGAGGCUGCCAGAGCCAUGAAGCAGGAUGUUGGCUCCACCCCCCGCACACCAACCUCCAGCUGGUCCGGCUACGGCUUCAGCAAGAGUAUGCCGGGCUUCAUGAUCCGCCAGAAACUGCAGGAGGUGAAGGAAGCCAGGCAGAAUGGUGUGGGUGGUGGUGGUGGGCUGGAGGAGUGGGGGGAGGCGUGGCCGCAGCAGCAGGAUGGCAGUGGGAGCAAUGGCAUGACCAGCUUCUCAUCCUCCUCCACAGCCUCCCCAACAGUCACCAGCCUCAAGUACCACAAUGGCAUAUCACAGUUUGCCCUGAGUGACAAGUGCCUGCCCUCCCUCACCCCUCGUCCGCCCAUCAAUCUGUCCGCCAGCAACUUCAUGGACUGUGUGUUGCCACGUUCCCGGGACAGAGACACUCUGCACACCACCACCUCCUCAGCCUCCUCCCUCCAUUCCUCCUCCCAGGGCUUGGACAUCACCACCAUCCUGACCGACCUGCAGCUGCCUCAGUACAUUGAUGUGUUCCUGGGGCAGGAGGUGGACCUCAAGAUGUUCCUUUCCUUGGAGGAUUAUGAGCUCAAGGAACUUGGCAUCACCAUAUUUGGACACCGUAAACGUAUUCUCAUGGCCAUUAAAGACCUGUCAAGCAAGUCAUCACUGUUCCUGGGUGGAGCUCCAGGCAGUGGAUUGGGAGGACUGGAGCACCAUUCCCCACUCAGGGACUCCACCACCACCUCCUCCUCCUCCUCCUCCACUUGGGACUGACUUGGCAAGGCAUCCACGCACUUCUCCACAUCUGCUGUUUUUUACCACCACUGCUACUCUUGUAUUCAUACUGCUGUUACUUUAAUAUUAUUUGUGCUUCUACUGUUACUACAUCCUUCACUACAAUUUGUGUAAUUUUGCUACUGUUGUAUCCACUACUGGUGCUUCUGUGACUACGACUGUUUUGUUUAUUCCUUACUUUGCUAGUUUUGUCUCAGUUGUGCUUUUAUUGCUACUCCCAUUACAACUACUACUAUGACAUCCAUCCUACUACUGCUGCUACUCUUAUUACUGGUGCUUUCAUUACUAACAUUACAACUACUACAACCACCACUGUUAAAUCCAUACUGCUACAACUAUUUCAUCCAUCAGUGGUGCAUUCUAGUACUUUCAUUACAACUACUAUUAGAUUCAGUUGUCUUCAUUACUACUACUAUUAUAUCUACUAUUGCUGGGGUUUUUGCUGCUAUGGUGGUGCUUCUUCUACAACUAACUACUACUAGAGCUCCCUGUAUCAUUGACUGUACUGGGAGGGGAAGGGUGGGUGGGCAGGGCAGGGAAGGGCAGGGAAGGGAUGGACGAACAUACACGGAAGGAAACUAAUGCCAUGAAAGUGUAUUUUUAUAGGAUAACUUUAGGAUAACUUUUUUUUCUUGGACGCUACUGAUAGACAGGGAGGAAGUACUUAGAGGAAUACACUGCAGGUACACCCCAAAUUGUAAGUGAUGAACGAAGGUGACGGUGAUGAUCAUGCUAGUGGAAUAAGCACGUGGUUUAUUUGUGUUUUUUGUACGCUUUGACGCAAUCCAUGUUUUCAAUAGGUAACUCCAUUCUGACGUGACAUGUCUGACUUACGGAAGCCAAGAUUACAUAUAUAUAUAUUUAAGGUUUCAUGUGAACCUCGCUACUGUGUGUGUGUGUGUGUGUGUGUGUUUGUGUGUGUUUGUGUCGUGACAAAAUAGGGUAAACUUCAGUCCCCUACCCCCCCAAAAAAAAACUUUUUCAGCUCUUAUUUUUUUCACCUGUGUAGGAUUGUUGGGCUAUUAAUGUAGAAGAAUGAGUACUAUAGAAAGAGGAAAUCAUGGUGCAUUAUUACUGUGUGUGUGUGUGUGUGUGUGUGUGUGUGUGUGUGUGUGAGAGAGAGAGAGAGAGAAAUGUAAGAAUUUAUUAGUUAAUUUAGAAGAAUGUGCGUAUUAUGAAGAGGACCUCAUGAUGCAUUGUGUGUGUGGGUGUGUGUGUGCAUGUGCGUGUGCAUGUGUGUUACUGUCACUAAAGGAAUGUAAGAAUUUAUUAGUUAAUUUAGAAAAAUUAGUUAUGAAGAGAACCUCAUGAUGCAUUAUUACUCGUGUGUGCGUGUGUGUGUGCGUGUGCAUGCUUGAUGGUAGUUGAGUCAGCCUUGGACUAAGACGCGUGCAGAGCCAUCAUGUCAUGCUCCUUCCAUCAAGUGCCUUCCAAUCAGUGUUCCCCCAAGGUGUACAUGUGAUAUUAAGCUAGCAAGCAUAGUUCAGUCCCCCAUGGCUGUGCAUCCAGAAAAAGAAAAAACAAUUUUGUUGAGAAGUUUUUCGUUAAUUAUUUUUAUACUAGUUGGAGUUUUGUGGUUUUCAAUUUUUUUUUCUUAUUUUUUUUUUAUUAUUAUUAUCUAUUUUUUUGAAGAAUGUGCAUGAAUUAUGAAUUAACUUGUCCAUUUUUUCUAGUCUUUGUUCUCUACUGCUGGAGGGAAAGGUUGUCAUUCAUAUGGUGGGUUGUUUUUAAGAAUUUUUUAUUUCUUUUAUUAUGAAUUAUUAGAAGUUUGUUUUAGUUCGGUGUUCGGGGUUGGCGUGGUGACAGCCUUUCUGGGGCGUCGUGGCCUGCCAGGGCGCUCCACGCACUUUUAUUUAAGAGAAUUUAUAAAUAAAAAGUUAUGAAAAAAAUUGAUUUCAUCUAUUUUGAAUAAAGAUAUCAUAUUACUAAAA